AUGCCUUUAAAAACUCUAGGUGGAAUAUUUGAUGAACCCAAGAAAACCCCAAAAAAGAAUUUUAUAAGAGAAAAUAUUAAAGCCCUCAAACACUUGGAAAGUAUAGUACAAGAAGCUCAAAAGGUUGAACAAACUAAGUCAUUAAGUAGAGGAAGCAGCCCUAAACGUUUCCCUAGAGAUAAAACAAAAUCACUUUCUUUAGGGGAUUUGAAAGUUCCAAAAGAAAAUAAUAUUCCUCACACCAAAGAUCAAAGCAUUCAUGAUAAAUCAAUACAUAAAACUUUAGCAGCAAUUGACAAGAUUAAAAAUUUAUCAAAAUCAAAAGGUUUUAGACCAAAGAAAACUGUUUCUGAGAAAAAAUGUAAACCUCAAUUUUCUGACAGAUCAGUACAAACUGACUUUGAUGAUAGCCUCUUGAUAGAAAUCAAUAGUCCAACUAUUACACCUGAAGUAUCUAAUAUAAAAGAAGGCCGAAGCCCAACAAUUACUCCUGAAGUUCCACUUAUUGUAAAAGAAGUUGUAACUUUAGAACCUCAGUAUCCUCCUGGACAUACAGUGUUACCAGAAAGUGAAAGAAUUGAAACUUUAGCUACAUACAAAAAGAACUAUGAUAAAUUAAUUAAUGAAUUAAAUAGUUUACCUCUAACUUGUGAUACUUUAAGAAUUAGGAAAAAGCAGAUGCAAAUUGAGGGUGAAUUGCGAAAAAUAGAAGAAGCUAUUAAGAUGUUUGAGAGACCCAGAGUAUUUAUUAGGAAGUAA